AUGUCAGCUCAAAAAAUAGCGUCAUCUGGCAGCGAAAGUUUACAACUACAACGAACAGCGGACGGUCUCGUAUGGAAUAUUGAGAAAAAGGAAAAAGCAAUUGAAAAUAGUCGACUCAAAAGUGCACAACAGCAAAAGCUAGAAUCAGUUCCCCGUUUUCAAAAAGUUCAAAUUGCACCUGGUCGUACAAUACAAGUAGUUGAUAAAAAUCCUAGUCCUCUGGCAGACAACGAAUACGACUUCAUGAUUAGCUAUUCGCAUAAAGACAAAGAAAUAUGUCAUAGAAUUUAUGAAUCUUUGGUGAAUCUGAAUGAAUUCAAGAUUUGGAUUGAUAAAGAAAAUUUGUAUGGAACUGCUACCGAUGGUAUGAGUGAGGCUAUCGACCAAUCACGAACCAUAUUAAUGUGCUUCUCAGAGUCUUAUCGCAUGUCGAGAGCAUGCCGCGCAGAAGCUGAAUAUGCUUGGAACUGCGAACGCAAUAUCCUCCCUGUGAAAGUUGAAAAAGAGUACAAACCAUCUGGAUGGUUGAAACUCAUACUCGGCUCGAAAAUUCACGUUGAUUUUACAAAAACAGACUUUGAUACAGCCUUCCAACAUCUGCUACGCCAUAUUAAUCACAUAAAAUAUCCCGGUGGUCGCCCAGAACGACUACACACUUCUUCUUUAAACCUUUCAUACCAACAGUUGCCGUUGAUUGAAUGGACAAAGGAGCAUGUCUCGAAGUUUUUGAUUGAUAAGCACUUAAUGUUCUUAUCACCGAUUUUCAGCCAAUACGAUGGGCAACAAUUGAAUGAUCUGUAUUUACAAAUACAAAGUGAACCAGACACAAAAAUAUGCACGGAUAUUAAACACGACCUAGAUCAAUUGAAAAUAGAAGAUCGUGAGAAGCUUUUGGCAGAAUUGAAACCGCUUCUGAUUUCAAUAUCUCCGAACGAAUCAUUAGUAACACCACAAUCCACUGUUUGCACUGUCAUGUGAUUCUUAUUACUUACAGACAUUUUUAAAGACUGAAUCUUAUGGCACGUUGCUCAUAUAGACAAAAUCGCUAAACACAUACCCUCGGUACCCUGUCGAAAGGCAAGGAUCUGAAGUUGGGGUGUGGGUGUGGGUGGGGUAUGGGUGUGGAGUGUGGGUGUGGUUGUGGUACUUUUUUCCUUUUCAACCACAGCCACACCUCACACCCACACCCUCAGGUUAAUAUUCAUCUAAAUCAUGAAGCUGACCUUGUAUUCUUAUCACACCGCUAUCAAUUAUUGAUUCAUAACCGUUUAUAUCGCUUAAGUCGAUCCUAAUGUGCCGACUGUUGGAUCGCAUAGCACCCAUCAUACUCUC